CUUGACGCCUCCAAUCGACCAUGUCUGCGUACUCGUCUGAGAUUGAGUAUGAGACAGCUGUAGUCAUUGACAACGGGACCGGCCGUAUCAAGGCCGGCUUUGCCGGAGAGGAUGCCCCAUCCCUUGUCUUCCCUGCCGUCAUUGGCUCCCCGCAAGAGGGCCUGGAGGACGAGCUGGAUGAGUACUACAUUGGCAAUGCUGCGGAAGAGAUGCGCGGACAGCUGGACCUUCGCUACCCGAUGAUCCACGGCAAGGUGGAGAACUGGGACGACAUGGAGAAGAUGUGGGAGUACAUUUUCUUCGAGGGCCUCGACGACGUUGACCCGGAGAACCAGCCUGUGCUCCUCACCGAGGCACCGCUCAACCCCCUGAAGAACCGUGAGAAGAUGGCGGAGAUCAUGUUUGAGACCUUUGGGGUGCCUGCGCUCAACAUUGCGCUGCAAGCGGUGCUUGCUCUGUACGCGUCCGGGCGGACGACCGGCGUGGUGCUUGACUGCGGCGAGGGCGUGACGCAUGUGGUGCCUGUUGUCGAGGGCUACGCCAUUCCGCGGGCUAUUCACCGGCUCGACAUGGCCGGGCGCGACCUGACGGCCCGCAUGCUCUCGCUCCUCACCGACAAGGGCCACGAACUCGAGGAUGACGCGACGACAAUGGAGGCCGUCAAGAGCUUGAAGGAGAAGGUCUGCCAGGUCUCACUCGACUACGACACCGACGUUGCCGCCGCCUCGCCCUCAGAGUACGAAAUGAGCAACGGCCUCAAGGUCUCGCUCGGCCCCGAGGUGUACUCGGUCCCCGAGGUUCUCUUCAACCCGUCGAUGAUUGGGUUUGAGAAGGCGACUGCCUUUGGCCUGCCCAAGCUUGUCUACGAGACCAUCCAGAAGACCGAAAUCGACCUCCGCAAGGAGCUGUACGAGAACAUCAUCCUCUCCGGCGGCUCCACUCUCUUCCCGGGCCUGGAGGACCGCCUCACCCGCGACCUUGAGGCCCUCAUCCCCGAGUCGAUGCGCAUCCGUGUCAUCGCCCCGCCCGAGCGCGCCUACUCGGUCUGGAUUGGUGGCUCUAUCUCGGCAGACCUCUCGCAGCAGACCUGGAUCUCGCGCUUCGACUACGACGAGGAGGGCCCGGCCAUCCUGCACCGCAACUCAGCCGACGGCCGCCACACCAUGGGUGUGUAG